AUGGCAUCUGAAAAACCUUACGGGAUCACCAACAUCAAAGCGUACAUCCCUUUGAUUCUUGACCUCGAUCGUAUGAAUUAUGAUGCAUGGCGUGAACUCUUUUUGACCCAUUGUCUAGGGUUCGGAGUUGCUGAUCAUCUCGAGCCUCCAAACGAGAAAGCCCCGACGAACGAGAAAGCUGCAGAAACCUCCGAUAGAAAAGAAUGGGAUCGACUCGAUAACAUUGUCAAAAUGUGGAUCUACGGGACGAUCUCUCAACCACUUUUGACGAUGAUCUUGAAGAAGAACCCGACGGCUCAUCAAGUUUGGACGACUCUUGAGACAUUGUUUCGUGACAAUAAAGAUGCCAAGGCAAUCCAGUUGGACAACGAGCUGCGAAACAUUACCAUCGGUGACAUGUCAGUGACGGAUUACUGUACCCGUAUCAAAACGAUUGCCGAUCUUCUUGACAACAUCGAUGUCACCGUUCCAGAGAAAAAUCUUGUUGCUUACACCAUAAACGGUUUGUCUCCAAAGUUUGAUUACAUUGCUAGUUUGAUUCUUCAUCGUUCUCCUUUACCUUCGUUUUUGGAAACCCGUUCGAUGCUUCUUCUCGAGGAACAACGGAUGAAUCAGGUUCAAAACCGCCAAGUUCAGUCGAUGCAUUCAAAUCACUCUUCAUCACAGACCGCUCUCGUUUCGGAUAAUUCUCAGUCACAAAAUUACCAUCGCAAUAAUCGGGGUGGAGGUCGUGGUAGUCGAAAUGGACGUGGAGGAAGAAAUGGCCGAGGUGGUAGUAAUAAUUUUGGAGGUCGAAAUGGAAGUAAUAAUUCUGGGGGUAACAAUUUUUCUGCCGCCUAUAAUCCUUCUGUAGGUCAACACAGUGGUAAUGGAAAUUUUGUGUCCACCAUGCAAUACCCUCCUGGCUGGGGAUGGUUUGGUUGGCCAUCAAGCCCAUCUCAGCAAAACACACGCCCACUUGGGCCUGUUUCGUUUCAGCAAGCCCAUCAAGGCCUGUUGCCUUGUCCGUCAACUUCUCAACAGCAGCAACAAGGGUCAAGGCGCCCUCAGCAUCCCACUUACGGCUGGCCUAGUGCAUCUACUUCAAAUGGGUUUGGUCCAGGUACUAUUAAUUCAGCAGGUGGAACCGGCAGCAACCCAAACCAAGCAUAUUACAGUCAACCUCCUACUACGUUACAAUGGAAUACUCCAACCAAUACGGAUCAACCUACCACUUUGCCUCAAAUGUUUAAUACAAUGACUUUAAAUGAUCCGUCAAAUUCCGAAUGGUUUAUGGACUCUGGGUCCACGUCUCACCUUCACUCGAAUGCAGGUAUUCUCUCUUCCGUUAGCAAAAACCCCAUGCAUUCAUCUGUGUUAGUCGGUGAUGGUUCCCAAAUUUUUGUGAGUACCACCGGGGACACAACUUUACCCAUAUAUCAUCCUUUUCGUACCUUAUCUUUAAAUCACAUUCUUAUUACUCCCUCCAUUAUUAAGAACUUAAUUUCUGUACGUCGUUUUACCCAUGAUAAUAAAUGUUCCAUUGAAUUUGACGCGUUUGGUUUUUCUGUGAAGGAUUAUUGGACCAAACAAAUUCUUCUCCGCUGUGAUAGCAAAGGAGAACUCUAUCCAUGUCACCAAACCGACUCCCCAAGCUCUUGUCACGCUCGAUCCGUCUCUUUGGCAUCAACGUCUUGGUCAUCCCGGUCAACACGUGUUUAA